UUAGCACCGGAGCUAGAGAAACUUCAACGACGUUGACGCUCCAACCAGAUUUGCAGGACCCUUUUGGUCCAAUCCCACGUAUAGUUUAGAGAGAGAAAGUAGAGAGAGAGAGAGAGGUUUUCAGGUAGAAGCAACGGUUGACGUGUUUUUGGAGAUCGUGGGUAGGGUAGGUGAAACGACGCCGUUUUUCACUGUUGUAUACAAUUUUUCUUCUUCCUCAGUUUUCUUCUUCUUCUCUGUGUUUGGGUCUUUCUUACUUUAUUCGGACGCGUAAAGAACUGUUUUUUUCUUUUAUUUUUUUUUAAGAUAAAAAAAUAUUAUCUUUUUGCUAAUUAAACAAUUUCGGCUUCGGAAAUUUUGGAGCUUUAUAGCUAUUUAUAGGGAAGUGACAUUUUCACGAUUCUUCUUCUUCUUUUUGGUGAGUCUUCCAGCUUGUAUAAGCUAGUUUGCUUCGUUAAUCAGAGAAAUAAUACCCUUUUUCCGAUUAUGCAUUUUCCUCAUCUGGCUUUCUAGGGAAGUUUGGUACAAGGAUAUUAAGUAACCGUUACUCAUUGAUUUCAGAUUAAGUAGAAUUGAGUAGUAAUGGAAGGUGCAUUGGUGAAAUUUUGCUACUCAAACAGAGAUUUUAAUACAAAAUCUGAGUUUUUUAAGUAAUUAGAGCCGUUGGGGAAUCGUUUUUUUUUUUCUUGUUCAUUUUCGUUUCAGUAUCAACGUUAAAAUGCUUGAGAAUCGGGUUUGUAUUAAUUACAGAAGCUGGGAUCAAUCUCUAUAUAAAGCUUUGGAUUUUCUUCAUUUUGGGUAUGUUGCAGAGGAAUAGAGGUGAAGAAGAAGAAGAAUUAAGAAGACAAAAGAAGGGUUUUUGUUAGUAAAUCUGUAAAAGGUUUCAGAAACCACAGCAUCUUCAGCAGUAGAUUCAGGGAAUUAAGCUACAUUCCCUCAAGGAUUUAUGUGUUUUGUUUAACGGUUUUGUGAAAGUGACAAAAGAAAUUAAAGAUGAUCUGGUAGUGAAGUGCUUGAUUCCUUUUGGAAAUUAGAAUUUCUACCUUUUCUUAAGGUUUCAACCAUCUUGCACUUUUGGAAAACAAGAGUGACUUGAAGGGUUAAUUAGCGAUAAUGGGAGCAAUUGGGGGAGAAGAGCUUAUGAAGUGGGAGAAAAUGCAAGGAGCAAGUGGGCGCGAGGAGAAGAUUCUUGUUUUGGUGAGGUUGAGGCCUUUGAAUGAGAAGGAGAUUGCAUCAAAUGAGGUAGCAGACUGGGAAUGCAUCAAUGACACCACUGUCCUAUACCGAAAUACCCUGCGAGAGGGGUCAACAUUUCCAAAUGCAUAUUCCUUCGACAGAGUAUUUCGAGGUGACUGCUCUACAAGGGAGGUGUAUGAAGAAGGAGCAAAAGAAAUUGCUCUUUCAGUUGUCAAUGGUAUCAAUUCAAGUAUUUUUGCUUAUGGACAAACAAGUAGUGGGAAAACGUAUACUAUGAAUGGUGUGACUGAGUAUACAGUAGCAGAAAUAUUUGACUACAUACAUAGGCAUGAAGAAAGAGCUUUUGUGGUGAAGUUCUCAGCAAUCGAAAUUUACAAUGAAGCUGUUAGAGAUCUUCUAAGCACGGAUAAUACUCCGCUCAGACUGCUCGAUGAUCCAGAAAGGGGGACUAUUGUGGAGAAACUCACAGAGGAAAUUCUGAGGGAUUGGAGCCAUUUAAAGGAGCUUCUUUCGAUUUGUGAAGCUCAAAGGCAGAUAGGAGAGACCUUAUUGAAUGAGAAAAGCUCUAGAUCACACCAAAUUAUUAGAUUGGGAAUUGAAAGUUCUGCUCGUGAAUUCUUAGGCAAAGACAAGUCAACUACUCUGGCUGCUAGUGUGAGUUUUGUUGAUUUGGCGGGAAGUGAACGAGCAUCUCAGGCAUUGUCUGCGGGGACAAGAUUGAAAGAGGGUUGCCAUAUCAAUCGUAGUUUACUAACUCUUUCAACUGUUAUUCGCAAACUAAGUAAGGGAAGACAAGGGCAUAUCAAUUACAGAGAUUCUAAGCUAACUCGCAUAUUGCAGCCGUCUUUGGGUGGCAAUGCUAGAACUGCCAUCAUUUGUACAUUGAGUCCUGCCAGAAGCCAUGUCGAGCAAACUAGGAAUACUCUUUUGUUUGCUUGUUGUGCAAAAGAAGUGACUACAAAAGCACAAGUCAAUGUAGUCAUGUCUGACAAGGCCUUGGUUAAGCAUUUACAGAAAGAGCUAGCUAGAUUGGAGAGUGAGUUAAGAACUCCUGGACCUCCUCCUUCUUCGGCUUGUGAUUAUGUAGCGUUACUUAGAAAGAAGGAUCUUCAGAUUGAAAAGAUGGAUAAGGAAAUCAGAGAGCUAACGAAGCAACGUGAUUUGGCACAAUCACGUGUAAAGGAUUUACUACAGAUGGUUGGAGAUGAACGGAAUUCUAACCAAAAGAAAGAUGUUCAUCCUAAACUACAAGCAACAAAUGAAUGGGAAGAUGAAGAAGGUUCACUAUCAGAAUCGUCAAAUGUGGUUGAUCCCAGUUCAAAUCGUGUUAGGAGGUACAACAAUCCUCGUUAUGAUGAUGGAGACAGCGAGAGCAAUCUUGAGGAUCCUGAGGAUGACACUAAUGAUCAUUACCUAUCUGAUGAUGCCUCUUCACAACUUUCAAUUAGAAAGAAGUUUGUUCAAUCUAAUUCUAGUCAUAGUCAAGAUGACUACUGCAAGGAAGUUCAGUGUAUCGAGAUGGAAGAAUCAAGUAGGCACAAGAGUUCCGAAUCCCUUGCCUCAGCAAGUGAUGGAAAUGAAGGAAGAUCGGCUGGGAAUAUCGAUGUAAAUGGUCAAGAAGUGAUGUCAAAUUCAAUUAACAGAGAUAGAGAACUGGAUCUGAUGCAGAAUGGCUUUACAUCUGAUGUGCCAAACUAUAGAAGCUUUAGUUUAACUAAAAGCCGGAGUUGUAGAGCUAAUCUGAUGACUGGCUUAUCCUCUCCUGAUAAAACGAAUAGAACCCCACCUAGUGGAUUUGAAAAAGGCUUUCCUGGCAGACCAGAGAAUUUUGGACAGAAGAUUUCACAUUUAAGUUUUGAUUCUAAAAAUACAAGGUUGUCAAGAAAUGAUUCUCAAUCAUCAUUUGGAAGUGUCUCUGUGGAUGCACAGGGUAUAAGCAAUGGAGAUGAGGAUGUCACAAGCCUCCAAACUUUUGUCACUGGAUUGAAGGAAAUGGCCAAACUUGUCCAUGGUCAGGGACAAGGUACAGGUUCUAUAGCUGAGAAGUAUGAAAAGAAUAUGAAAGACAUUGGAGUAGACCCAAUUAUGGAAACAGAAGACUCAUCUCAUUGGCCUCUAGAAUUCGAGAGACUACAGAGGAUGAUCCUGGAACUUUGGCAAACUUGUCAUGUGUCAUUAGUUCAUAGAACCUAUUUCGUCUUGCUCUUCAAAGGUGAACCCUCAGAUUCGAUUUACAUGGAGGUGGAACUCAGAAGACUAUCUUUCCUAAAGGAAACAUAUUCUGGCGGAAAUCAUUCUUUAGAAGAUAGUCGAACUCCCACACUGGCCGAAAGUAUGAAAGCUCUUCGUCGAGAGAGAGAGGUGCUUAGCAAGAAGAUGCAGAAACGGUUUUCAGAAGAAGAGAGGAAAAGACUAUUCCAAGAAUGGGGCAUUGCAUUGGACUCAAAGCGUCGAAGGAGGCAGCUGGCUGACCGCCUAUGGAACGACACAAAGGAUAUGAACCACAUUAAGAAGAGUGCUACAAUUGUGGCACAGUUGAUCAGGUUUGUAGACCAAGGACGAGUUGAAGGAGAUGUCUGGGCUUAGUUUUAUGUCUCCUCUCUCGAAACGAAGAUCAUUUGGGUGGAAAAACAGCAGGGCACCUCUUUUGUAAGCAUGUUGAUUUGUGUAGUUAAGUUAGAUUGGCCAUAGAGCCAUUCAUUUUUACUGUGAAAUUAUGUUUAGUUUGCUAACAACUUUAGUAGUGAAAGUUGUACUAGUCUUCUUGGCCUGGCCCUCCACGUUGUCUUCUUUUAUGCGGUUUUGAGGUUGUUUUUUGCCUCAUUUUAAUGAAAUAUAUAAGCUGUGUUAUUAUA